AAAAUUCAGGCAAGUUUGGCAAAUACAAAUAUGAAAUUAUCCGUUUUGUUUAUCGUGAUGCAGUUGCUGGUGCUGCUGGCUGCACAGGCGAUUGACCUUUCGCCGCAGCAACAGCAGGAUGUGGAUGUGGCAGCCAGCUUGAAGGAGCUGCAAGGGGAGAUGGCGCACCCAUUGGGCAGCCAGUGCAUCCGCGAUUGCCUCGCCGAGAAGGGCAGCCUAGUGCUGGAUCCGCUGCGUGAAUGUCAGCAGGUCGAGCAGCAGUUCGACUGUACACUGUACUGCAUGUUUGAUGUGGAGCCGCGCUAUUAAGCCAUUAACCGAUAUAGUGCAAAUAC